UAAAAUAUUAAUAUUUAUUCACCCAAAUGCAUUCAACAUAUGGUUUUAUAUGUUUGAAGUGAAAUAUUCUUUUUUAAUGUUUUUAAGUUUUUACUUUUUUCUAAAGUUAACUACAAGUUAUGGAAGAUAAAUAAGAAGUUUAUUUUUUCACCAUUGAAUAUUUCUACAUAAACAAAAUGAAGGUUGAGUUAGUCAAAGUUAAAAUAAACAAACUCAAAGAAGUGAAAAAGCAACUGCGGAAAAAAAAGUGUUCAACUAAAAAGAAUUUGAAGAAUUUACUUCUUGAUAAUGAAGAGAAUAAGCAUGAAGAUAAUAUACUCUACCAGUCAAUCACUGCUUUAUUUGAAGAUGACGAAAAUAAUAAUGAACCGAUAAAUUCCUCAAGAAAUCCUGACAGUGUUAUGUCAGAUUAUCAUAUUGAUUUAGAAGAUUUAUUAGACUCAUUGGGUGCUUACCAAAAUAAUUUUUUAGAAGAGGGUCCAUCUGAAAGUUUGCCAGUACUGGACUCAAAUAUUUGUACAGAGAGAAGAGAAGAAUGUAUAAACUUGACAUUUGAUAAUGAAAGCAGGAAUAGUUUUGGUUUUGUAAAUGAAGAUAAUAAUAGUAAUGGUGAACACCAAGGAGAUGAAUUAUAUCUUUGUGAUAAUAUUGAGACAAAAUCUCUUUUCUUUUUUAAUAGUAGUACUGAAAAUUUGGAGUCAAAUACAAAUAUAAGUAGCACACAGUUAGAACCAGAUAUGGCAGAUUUAAGAACCUAUUAUAUUCCUGAUACAAUAUGCGAAAAUAUCAAUGACCCGACAAUAAUGGUGGAUGAUUUUUGUAAUGAGAUAGAAAUUUCUAUUACUGAUGAGCUAAAUAAAGACGAUGAAAAUGAGAAUGAGAAUGAUGAGCAGAUUGAGCUGACUGAUGAAGUAGAUGAUCCAGUAAUGCCUAAUGUGAACAAUGCUCAAUUGGAAGGAGAAAAAAAUAAUCAUACAGAAAAUGAUGUAACGUCGAAUGCAGUUAGAGGAGUAGCAAUAGUUAAUCCACUACUAGUUUCUAUCCCAGAAGACGAUUUACAGACAAUGGCAUUAUAUCAACUUCAACAGAAAAAUGAUUCACAAGAAAUUAAUAAUUUAGGACCAACUGAAAUAUUGAAGAACUACAGCUGGGAACAACAGGCAAAUAUCAUUGCAGCAGCAAAAAUGUUAUAUACUAAAAGAACAAGGACACUCUUACAUUGGUUGGAUCCAAAACUGACUUUGCCAAAACUGAGGGCUACUUUGGAACUAUCUUGGCAAAACCUUCCACUAUGGCAAAAAGAAGUUUAUAUCAGUCAAGUAAUGGGCCCACUAGCAGUGGAGGCCACUCCAAUGCUAAAUCCACAGCUGGAAACUGUAGAUUUUAAAACACCAGCACCACCUGAGAAGCCUCAAAUUGAAAGAAAAAGAUUUGCAGAUUUCAUAGCAGAUCUAUAAACCAAAAGAAAUCACAUUCUUUUUCGGGUAUAGAAGUUAUUUCCAUAGAAAUAUAAUCUACAUCAUAUUAUUAAAGGAUAGCAUGACGAUCCAGAAGCACUGCAUGGAUGGAAAUAUCUAAUAAUCUGUGUCUUAAAUUGUUUCAAAAAGAAGCAGUACAUGAAAUGAAAUAAACUCUUUAGAAAAAAAAA